AUGGCCAACCACUAUGUCUUCUGCAAAGUGGAGAAGGUGGACAGCAAGGUCCGCAUCUUCCCUGAAGAAAAGAUGGACCCUUCAUCCUCCAUCCAUACAAUGGCCGAGAUUGCCGGUUUUCUACACCCCUGGUUCAACCAUCACUGCCGGUAUGGCGGGGGUCUGAUCCUCAACAAGAGUGGAUUGGUCAGCAAUGCCGAGCAGAAUCUAGUCCUGAAGCAUGCUAGCAUCUGCAUGUUUCUGGAACACUAUAUUCCACGCACGGUGGGCAUCAAUAUGCAGGCACUGAUCAGCAGUCUGGACCUCAACUCUCCUCUGAUACAAGCGAUCACACGGAUCGGCCGCUGGCUGGACAAAUGGUGUCCACAGCAUCUGACAGAUGCGCAGAAGGCGACUGUGGAACCAGCAGCCUCAAGGCAAUCGAGAAGUUUGAGAGGGACCUGUCUUCUCUACAAGUACUGGAAACAGGUCCGGAAGGAGUUCGACGAUGAGCAGGCUGUGAUCAACAUUGAACAGCAGCUCUCCAGCGAGGCGUUGGAUGAGGAGGCAAUGGAGACACUGCAGGAGGAACAGAUCCUCCCAGCACUGAUCUAUCUUCUCUCAAAGCUCCUGACAUGGCUGACAUCCAGAUCGGUGGAAGAGGAGUUGCAGUGA